GAAGCUCCGCUUCUUGAAAAGGGAGUUCUGCUGUUUGAAAAGGGAGUUCUGCUAUUUGACAAUGAUGUUAUGCCGUCUGAAAAGGGAGUUCUGCCCUCUGAAACGGGAGUUCCGCUAUUUGAAAAGGGAGUUCUAGUAUUUGAAAAGGAAGAUCUGGUCUUUGAAAAGAAAGCUGAUGCAAAGCUAUUUGAAAACGGAGUUCUGCUCUUUGAAAAGGGAGUGCUGCUAUUUGUAAAAGGGAAUUAUGCUAUUUGA